UAGAAACACAUCAAAUUGUUACUGCAGUAUAGUGUUACUUCGCCUAAAACCAAUUUAAUUAAUUAAUUUUAUUAACUAAUUAGUACUUUUAUUAUAAUUACUGAUAACGUAAAACAUUCGAUCAUGUCACAGUCUGAUAUUGAAGAAGACUCGUGCCCGAGAGUACGGUAUUCGGCAAGCCCGUUAGAUUUGAAACAGAAACCUACAAUUGACUCUCCGUCAAAGUCGAAGAAAACUUCAUUUUGUAUAGAAGCGUUGCUAGGCCACCGUGAAGUUUCACACAAGACAUCAUUGACCGCAUCAUCAGACUGUUCGUCUACUCCGUGUUCGAGCCGUAGUGCUUCGAUAUCUCCUGGGCCGGAACAGCAAUUCGGAUAUGAAGGUAAACACAGCGACGAGAACGAUGCAAUUUCGACAACAACAAUGCGAUCAUUAACUUACAAUUCUAACUACUUGAAAUCCGACUUCCCGAUCACUUCCUCUACUGCCGACGUUUUAACCCGUGAUCAUAGACGAAAUGGUGGUUUUGGAUUUAUUCAUGGAUCUUCAGCAUUUCAGCCAUUACCACGUAUAGAUACUAACACCAAUAAUUCACCAAGCUCUACAAUUGCAACAGUUUCGACAGCAACAACAAAUCCUAAUCGUUCGAAUGUUUCUGCUGGGCAAUUACAACAGAUGCAACUUGAGUGGUUUGCUAGAGCAGGGAUGUUUUACGCUGGGCCUAGAUUACAUGAUUUAACAGGACCACAUCCACACACUUUACUGGGGAAAACAAGACGUCCAAGAACUGCAUUCACUAGUCAGCAGCUUCUAGAAUUGGAAAAACAAUUCAGACAAAACAAAUAUUUAUCCAGACCUAAAAGAUUCGAGGUGGCUACAAAUUUAAUGCUCACUGAAACUCAAGUAAAAAUUUGGUUUCAAAAUCGCCGAAUGAAAUGGAAACGUAGUAAAAAAGCUCAGCAAGAAGCUAAAAUAUCUUCGCGAGAUGAUACAGCGUUGGAUAAACGAGGAACCGUAAAUAUUCGAACAUGCGGCACUGGGAGUAAUGAUCUACAAAAUAACUCUAACAUCAGAUCUCCCGAAGAAUCUCGCAUAAAAAUAGAUUGCCCGACAUCCUCCGCUGCCACAACAAUUCAAACUCAAUCCAAUCAUAACUCUACUGCUCAACUAAGCCAUAAUUAUCACACUUUAAACAAUAUUAGAUCACACGAACAAGAUGGAAAUUGCGAGUCGUUAUACAGACCGUACGUAUCAUAACAGACUUUUGAGUAAAUUUGUUUUGUACAUAAAAUUCCGAUCAAAAUAAUAACAACGUUGGUCAUUUUGUAUUAUAGACA